CAAUCCCAUCUACUGUACUACCGACACCAUCCCACAACGGUGUCAGAACAUCGAUCCGAAUCCGUCCCCACCGCCGACCCAAUUGUUCCUCGCCGACGGCACCAAACUCCGACAAGUCGAACGCAAUCCGCAACGCAAUCCGCAACGCAAUCCGCAACGCAACGCCACCCCGAUCCGAUCCGAUCCGAACCCAUCGCAGGCAUGAAGCUCUCCGCCCUCCCCCUCCUCGGGCUCCUGGCCCGGUCCCCGGCCGCCACCGCCUUUUUGCCCUCCCGGCCGGCCCCCCGCGCGACCGCCACGGCCCUCUCCGAGUCGAUCCUCGAGGCCGAGGACCGCUUCCUCGCCCAGGCCAUGGAAGCCCCCCUCUCGCCAAGAGACCUCCCGGAGGUCGUCUACACGAUCGUCUACAACCCCGGGACCCCCGAGGAGGGGGUCCACACGAUGAAGCACCCACGGGGGUCCGACGGGGAGCUCCUCCUCUGCUUCGAGGGGAUGGCGGACUGCGUCCUCUUCGCCCGGACCAUCAAGGAGGACCCCGCCCUCGACCAGGAACCGAUCCCGACGCCGACCUCGAGGGAAAUGAUCCAGGGGGCCGCCGAGGGAAUGGGCAUGCGGAUGGAAAUCGUUCCCAUGGACAUUCAGACCCAGUGGUAGCUAGCUGCCUUGGUCGCUGGCUGGCUGGCGAGUGUGGGAACGAACGAACGAGCAAGAACGAACGAAUCAACGAACGGUGUGWGCAGGCACGCGGCGCACACGGCAACAAAGGCCUCUGGUGGUGGCAGCGUGUCGCGGCGAGGCGAGGCGAGGCGGGUGUGGUUGGGCCGGUGGUCCCCUUCUGGCGCAAACGGAGACGCGAACCAACCGACCAACCAACCAUCCAAGCCAUCGGCAGACAAUAGCCAACGGUUUCACGAGCCCGUGCAACAUAGAGGGACGCGGCAGUCAAAGCAACCGAAACGAAUCUGUCAAGGCCUUACCAAAAACACUACACGCGCGAAUGGAUGCAUUCAUUUUUKCCAUCCACCGGAGACAUUGCAAACGAAAUCGAACCACUUGGUACUUAAAACGUCUGUAACAUACUGUGACACUAUUUGAAAAACUACCAUGUGGCCUCUCGCAACAAGGGAUUUUUCCGUUCAAACCUUUUUGCUUGUCCGUUCGCCGUGUACCUCUCGGGGAGAACUUUUCAAUUUAGUUGAAAAAAUAUUGUCUGUGAUG